UUGCGGCGUUCACCUGCUUUGUCCCUGUUUAUUUCGGCUGUUUCCAUAGCUUCAUCCUCAAUCUAUCCCUCUAGGAUCUUUUGAUCUCUUCGAAAUGGCCACUGAACUUUGCCCCGUUUAUGCGCCCUUCUUCGGCGCGCUGGGUUGCACCUCAGCUAUCGUCUUCACCUGCUUCGGAGCUGCCUAUGGAACCGCCAAGGCUGGUGUCGGAGUGUGUGGAAUGGCCGUCCUGCGUCCCGACCUGAUCGUCAAGAACAUUGUCCCCAUUGUCAUGGCGGGUAUCAUUGGUAUCUACGGGCUGGUCGUGUCGGUCUUGAUUGCAAAUGAUUUGCAACAGAAGGUUGCCCUGUACACGGGGUUCAUUCAGCUGGGAGCAGGUCUCGCUGUCGGUCUGGCCGGUAUGGCAGCUGGUUUUGCCAUUGGUAUUGUCGGUGACGCUGGUGUCCGCGGAACAGCACAGCAACCCAGACUCUACGUUGGAAUGAUUUUGAUUCUCAUUUUCGCUGAAGUCUUGGGUCUUUACGGUCUCAUUGUCGCCCUUCUCAUGAACUCCCGCUCCACCAUCGACACGUCUUGUUAAACGCCUCAUUCUCCAUGCAACGAGCAACCGCCGAGCGAGAACCACACCUUGUGCAUGGAGUAUAUAGAGACGGGGAGGGUGGCAUUCAUCAGUCUACCGUGACUGACGUGGGUUUCGGCUUGUGGAGAUCAUAGCUUUGUCUCUGCAGGUCGAUGUGCGAAGGAGCGAACCGAAUGGAAGAAAAUGACUUUGGAAAAUCAUCUUUCACAACACCGAUGUCCUAGCCUAGCAUUUGUAGACUCGGACAUUCGAUGGAAGGAAUGACAGGAGUGAAGAUGAAGGUGAAGAUUGGGGAAGGUAGAUACAUUGCAUCGCCAAGGUCUGCGCUGAACUGUAUUUUAUGGGAGUCGCUAUAUGAUCCUCAAACCUUUUGGAUGGGUCUUUUCUACUUGCAAUGCUGAAAUGGUUUUUUUCUUUUCCUUUUUCUCGUCUCUGUGCGUGUAUCUUUUGUGUUUGAAAUGAUACUAUAUUUGCUAUAAA